AUGUCUUUGUGCGAUGCGUCAGACCUGAUGGACGUCCGCUACUUGGCCAUCGACGAUUCCGUUUUCGGAAACGGACUCGACAGGGGCUUCGUCUCUGACCUGGUUACGCGUACCAUUCGUCAACUUCCACGGCGUAUGCCGGGGCUGAAGGGAAUUGUAGACCUUCAGGCGCUGAUUGGGGCUGCAAUACGGGAAGUUGCCGACGAAUUUCCAGACUGGAACGUUCCAUCGUGGUGUACGGCAACGACAUGUACGGAUGAAGACCGGCAAUAG